CAGAUUAGUCGAAACGUAAGCGAUUCAGGAGUGAAGUUUGGUAUGGUCAACUGUGUGGAAAGCUUUGCACUAUGCAAAAAGUUUGACAUCCCGUCUUAUCCUAAGAUUUUGUUCUUCCAAGGAGAGAAUUGCAAAAUCUAUGCUGGAGCACUGGAAGAAAAAGGCAUUGUCGCUUAUCUAAAGAGACAAACCUUUCCAAUCGUAUCUACCAUUUCAAACCAAUCGGAGCUGAAAGAUUUCCAGGAAGUAAGUGAUGUUGCAAUAGUCGGUCACUUUCUACCUGGGAGUGAAGCUUUCCAGAGCGCUUUUGAGGACCUGGCUACAAGCUUUCGAGAUGACUAUAUUUUUGGCAAAACAGAAGGGGAUGGAUUCGAACAUGAGAGCGGAAGUGCUACUUUCAUCACCGUAUACAAAAAGUUUGACGACCCCGAACUUGUGUGUAACCUCACGCUCAAUCUUGAGGCUAACAAGGCUAUUUUAAAAUCCGCAUGCAGGCAGCUAGUAGCAGAAUUUCGGCCAGAACUUAAAGAUGACUUUUGUCUCCUUGGCCUCCCUCUUGGAUAUUUAUUCGUGGACAAAAAAGACGACAACAUUCAUCUGAUCGAAGAAGUUCGAACUCUAGCGAAGAAGCACAGAAACAAACUGCAGUUUGGUACUGCUGAUUCGAGCAUAUUUGAUGAGUUCGCAGACACUUUGCACUUGGCCAAGCGCUGGCCAUCGUUCGCCAUUUGGGACCCGCGCACAAAUGGGAAAUUCCCCUUGAACGAGAAGAAUGUCCCACUUCAUGUUGCUCUCGAACCUUUCGUGGACAACUUUGUUUCCGUCAAGCUCAAACCAACAGUAAUAUCCGCUCCGAUUCCUGAUACACAGACCAGCCCGGUCCUCGAAGUCGUCGCUUAUAAUUACGAUGACCUUGUGCUUAACAACGAGAAAGAUGUCUUUGUAGAAUUCUACACUCCAUGGUGCGGUCCAUGCAAAGCUCUGCUACCAGCUUAUGAAAAGCUUGCAAGGAUGUACGCCGACGACGAAGGAGUCAGAAAUCUGAUUACGAUUGCAAAGAUAGAUACCGAAGCCAAUGAUGUGCCCGAGAAGGACAUCAGACAUUUUCCAACUUUCAAGUUGUUCCUCGCAGGAGAAAAGGAUAAACCGGUCACCUAUAGCGGUAAUUACACGGUGGAACAAUGGUCAAAGUUCAUUAGAGAAAAUAGCAUGCGUAUUGCAGAUUGAGUCCAGCCAACAAAAUUCCAGAACAAC